AGGACACACACCAAGGAGAAGCCCUUUACCUGCACCACGUGUGGCAGAUGCUUUUCCAGUAGUUCAAGCCUCGUUACACACAAACGAACUCACACAGGAGAGAGACCGUACGCCUGCUCCCACUGCGAGAUGACGUUCAUACACAGUUCAAAUCUCAGGAAGCAUCAGCGGUCCGUCCAUCCUGGGCACACUGGAGUCUUAUCAAGGAGGAAAUCUUCCACCCUCCUGGUGGCAGACCCCCUGCCUUCCUCAACAGCCCCACCACUGGCACAAGGGUCGAAUGGUGAAGAUCUACAGGGAGAUGCAGCCCAACCACGGAGUAGAUCUGGAAAGAAGGAGCACAAGUGUGAGCAGUGUGGGAAGGUCUUUCCCUGGCGGAGUAGCCUGAGAGUUCACAAACAGACCCACACGGGAGAGAGGCCCUUCAAGUGCCAGGAUUGUGGGAAGAGCUUCAGGGAAAGUGGGAACCUCGUGCGUCACCGGAGGACACACACCAAUGAGAAGCCCUUUGUCUGCACCACGUGUGGGAGAUGCUUCUUCGAUAGCUCAAGCCUCAUCAGACACCAACGAACUCACACAGGAGAGAGACCCUACCCCUGCUCGCACUGCGAGAUGAAGUUCUUAUAUAAUUCAGAUCUCUGGAGGCAUCAGCGGGCCGUUCAUCCUGGGACGUGUGCUGAAGAUACUCAAGAAGGCGCAUCCCAACCACCGAGUAGCUCCAGAUACAAGGAGUACAAGUGUGAGUAUUGUGGGAAGGUCUUUCGCUGGGGGAGCAACCUGAGACGUCACGAACGGACCCACACGGGAGAGAGGCCCUUCAAGUGCCAGGAUUGUGGGAAGAGCUUCAGGGAAAGUGGGAGACUUCUGGGUCACCAGAGGGGACACACGAAGGAGAAGCCCUUUCCCUGCACCAGGUGUGGGAGACGCUUCUCCUUUCGCUCACGCCUCAUUAGAC